UCUUGGGGGAAAUGAUAUCAGUGCUGUCUGGUGGAUUUGUCACUGUCUAAGGAUCGUUUUUUUCUUGGCUUGGGUCUUUCAGUUCAGCGACGAAACUAUGCGCAGUGCGCACUCUUGCGAUUGGCAACACCACCAAGGUUACUACUGAGCGAUUGAUUCUUCUUCUAGCUACAUACGAUACCCCGAUUUAUUUGAUCUGAUUUGCCGACUUCAAUUCUCUGAAUACCUGGUCCAAAAGCAACCACCGCCAUGGCGACCCCAUCGUCCAAGCCGAAUCCCGGCGCAACGCCAACCCAUCUCACCUCGUCCCCUCGCCCCUCAGGACCCAUGACCCGACCGAUCUCCCAUAAAUCGCCGUCAGCGCGCACUCCGUCCAUCUCGGGCCCUGCCCACGGUAACCACCCGCCGAACUCCCAUCAAUAUGCCACGCCUCUCGCGGCGAACGCCGGUGCCGACGACCCCGUCGCGUUCAGCUCCCCGUCGGCCCUUCUCGCCCUCGGCGGCUACAGCGGCAUCAGCCCGUCGCCCGCCGUGCACGACGGCCUGGUACCGCCCGGUAUGAACGAGAGCGACAUCCAGGCGCUGGGCAUGCAGGGGCUCAAGCUCGCCGCGCGAGACAGUGACGAAGAGCGACGGAGACAUCUCGACGAGGUGGUGCAGCUUCUGCGGGCGCGGGUAGCGGGUCGAGGAGUGUGCCGCGAGGGCAUUGAGCGGCUGGGCGAGCUGGAAGGCUUCGAGUCGAUCUGGCAGGACGACAACCUGAACAUUGCAGGCAACUUCGUGGACCUGGAGAUUGACUUCCACCGGAGCCAGAAUACCGUGAAGGACGUGAGCCUGAAGUAUGCGACGCCGGACGCGACGGACGGCGAACGCAGGGAAGAGGCCACGGCGGUUCUCAAGCGGGAUCUGAUCCAGCCGCCGGAGGAUGGAGAGACGGGGAAGUGGAAGUCUCUGGCGGCAUUCCACGAGAAUCUGCAGUGGCUGGCUAGACACGAUCGAUUGAGCCAGGAGGUGAAUUGUUUCGAGGCAAUCGAGGGUCUGCACCAGAGCUAUAAGCGGGUGUGGGAUGAAGAGGGGAACCGGGGCGAGUUCUCGGGGGUUUAUGACCAGCUCUGUAGGGGCUUGGUUGGUCGUCCGUGUCUGCAUAAGGAAGGGCGCGUUGGCCUGAACUUGAAUUACUGGGUGCCACAGGCACAGGUUCAGGAUGCGAAGCGCAAGACGUCCGCCGAUGAGAUGAUGGUCGAUCAGCCGUCUGCGCAACCGCUAGAUGAAGAACCAGCAGAUCAGAACGGACGAUGGAAUAUCAUCGUCGAGUGCGAAGAGGGUUAUCCCUCCCUACGAGUGUCGAAGGAGUGGACAGGCGCCCAAGCCUUGAUUGUGGUUGACAACGACGGGAACGAGCUGUCAAACGAGGCCUCCGAGUCAGGAACGGUGGUGGUGAACUGGAACGAUCCGCCGGUGACUCUGUCCCAGAAUCACUCUGAUGCGAUGGCUCUGGAUUCUGGCAUGCUGGGCUCCCAACCUCAUCGCCGCUUCGUUGCUCGAUUGGAGCCACCGCUUGAUUUGCCUAUCCUCCCGGCCUCGGAAAUCUACAGACAUCUCAAUAUUCAACUACCGCAGGAAUUCAAAAUGGUUACAUAUGACGGGCUAUUGGCCCCAGGAUGGUCACCGUUGUCGUCAACCGGCGCCAUGGGUCUAGGCGAGGAAGCAUCCCAGAUCAAUCGAAAGAAGCGCACGAUGCCGGUCCCGUCGGUUGACACGGAAGGCAAGCCGUGCACCAAGCAGCACAGCUACACCUUCCAACCGUUUGAGCCUACCGGGGGAAGGACAAUACGUGACCUUCCCUUCUCUCAUCCCCGUGAACUUGCGGCAAUUCUUCCGCCCCCCGGCAAGAAGGGACUGAUUGUCUUGAGCAACAAAGACCCAAAUGAGAGCAAGCUGGAUUGGCUGUUGAGGUCAUCCGACAAGACAGCCGGCCUCGUGAACACCAAGGGCAAGGACCCAUCGGCGUCAGCAGACUCUGUAGAGAACACCUUCACCCCUGAAGAUGAAGUUAAAGUGGACGUGACGCUGCGGACCCAGCUCGGACAGCCGCCGGUCAUCAUGCUUCUUUUCGCAGUCGACGAUACGAGACCGGGAGUACCUUCGUCGCCCAUGGGCAGACCCGUCCUGAGCAAGGUUUCUGUCAGCUUGGAGGUUGGCGUGAAUGGACGCAUCACAAUCGUGGACAUGACGGGGCUACUGGACGACGACACCCCUGCAGGCGCAGACGGCACCAAGAGCGAGGCAACCGAGCUGCAAAGCAAAAUCGCCCGAGUCUUCGAGGUGUCUCAAGACAUCGGCAUUUUGGUCGAAUGGAUUCUCCAAUGGGCCGAAUCGACCACCAUCUCCAACACGGAGAAUCUCAUGAAGUACAUGGCCCUCGAUCAGCGGGGUGCUGUCCAGGCCGAAUACAUCUGGAUUGACUCUGUCGGCGGCUGCCGCAGCAAGACCAAGACUCUCUCCAAGCCCGCCAAGUCGGUCGAUGAGCUCCCCGAAUGGAACUUCGACGGUUCCUCGACGGGUCAGGCCCCCGGUGAUAACUCCGACGUCUACCUGCGCCCCGUUGCCAUCUUCCCCGAUCCCUUCCGCCUGGGUGACAACAUCCUCGUCCUCUGCGAGACCUGGGACUCGGAUGGAACCCCCAACAAGUUCAACUACCGCCACGACGCCAACCGCCUGAUGGAGGCCAACUCCAAGGAAGAGUUCUGGUUCGGUCUGGAACAAGAAUACACCCUCCUCGGCAACGAUGGCUGGCCGUACGGCUGGCCCAAGGGUGGUUUCCCCGGUGCCCAGGGCCCUUACUACUGCGGUGUCGGAACCGGCAAGGUCUACUGCCGUGAUAUCGUCGAGGCUCACUACCGCGCUUGCAUGUACUCUGGAAUCAAGAUCUCCGGUAUCAACGCCGAGGUCAUGCCCUCGCAAUGGGAGUUCCAGGUCGGCCCUUGCAACGGAAUCGAGAUGGGUGACCACCUCUGGAUGUCCCGAUUCAUCCUCCACCGUGUCGCCGAGGAGUUCGGUGUCCGGAUUUCCUUCGAGCCCAAGCCCAUCAAGGGUGAAUGGAACGGAGCUGGUCUCCACACCAACGUCUCCACCGCCUCGACGCGUGCCGAUGGUGGUAUGAAGGUCAUCGAGGCCGCCAUGAAGAAGCUGGAGGCCCGCCACGUCGAGCACAUUGCCGUCUACGGUGAGGGCAACGAGGAGCGUCUGACCGGUCGUCACGAGACCGGCAACAUCGACAAGUUCAGCUACGGCGUUGCCGACCGUGGUGGCUCGAUCCGUAUUCCCCGCCAGGUCGCCAAGGAUGGCAAGGGUUACUUCGAAGAUCGUCGCCCUGCCAGCAAUGCCUGCCCUUACCAGAUCACUGGUAUCAUCGUUGAGACUCUCUGCGGUGGCCUUUAAAUCCUUUGUUACUUAGCAACUCGUAUACCCUCCGGCGUCAUAUGGGAGCAGAACCGAGGAGAAGCAGCCUUGGCAGGCGGGAGAAAACAUAGAAUUUUAUUUUUGUUUUCGUUU